UCAGUUCUCUGGACCAGUGCCUUAGGGGGUGGAGUAGGGCGCCAUUAGUCCGGAGUCUGUGUACCCCGCGGAAUGGAGAUGGAGCUGGACGGUGAGGGGCGCAUGGUGGUGCGGCCGCUGCUCACGGACCUCUAUCAGGCUACCAUGGCGCUGGGCUACUGGCGUGCGGGCCGGGCGUGCGAGGCAGCAGAGUUUGAGCUCUUCUUCCGCCACUGUCCUUUCGGAGGCUCCUUCGCCCUGACUGCUGGCCUGCAGGACUGUGUGCGCUUUCUUCGCGCCUUCCGUCUGCGGGAUGCAGACUUGCAGUUCCUGGCUUCAGUGCUACCCCCAGACACUGACCCUGCGUUCUUCGAGCACCUUCGGGCCCUUGACUGCUCUGGGGUGACGGUGCGGGCUCUGCCAGAGGGUUCCCUCGCCUUCCCUGGUGUGCCGCUUCUGCAGGUGUCCGGGCCUCUUCUUCUGGUACAGCUGCUAGAGACUCCGCUGCUGUGCCUGGUCAGCUAUGCUAGCCUCGUGGCCACCAAUGCUGCUCGGCUUCGCUUGAUUGCAGGACCGGAUAAGAAAUUACUAGAGAUGGGCUUGCGGCGAGCUCAGGGUCCCGACGGGGGCUUCACGGCCUCGAUUUACAGCUACCUGGGUGGAUUCAACAGCAGCAGCAACACACUUGCUGGCCAACUGAGAGGUGUACCAGUGGCAGGGACCCUGGCCCACUCCUUUGUCACUUCAUUUUCGGGGAGUGAGGUACCCCCUGACCCGAUGUUGGCUCCAGCUUCUAGCGAGGGCCCUACCGUGGACCUGCCUGCCAGUGUAAAUCUGUGGCUAAAGCGUGUAUGUAUGUCCUUGGGGCUAGAGGAGCAGGAGCCACACCCAGGGGAGCGUGCGGCGUUUGUGGCCUAUGCUCUGGCCUUUCCCCGGGCUUUCCAGGGCCUGCUAGAUUCCUACAGUGUACGAAGGAGUGGUCUUCCUAACUUCCUGGCAGUAGCCCUGGCACUGGGAGAGCUGGGCUACAGGGCAGUGGGUGUGAGGCUGGACAGCGGUGACCUGCUUCAGCAGGCUAAGGAGAUCCGUGGGAUCUUUCGGACUGUUGGUGCUCAGUUCCAGGUGCCCUGGCUAGAGUCUGUUCCCAUUGCAGUCAGCAACAACAUUGACGAGAAGGAGCUGGCCAGACUAGCCCAGAAGGGCAGCGAGGUGAAUGUCAUUGGCAUUGGCACCAAUGUGGUCACUUGCCCCAAACAGCCCUCUUUGGGUUGUGUCUAUAAGCUGGUGUCUGUGGGAGGCCAGCCUCGAAUAAAGCUAACAGAGGACCCAGAGAAGCAAACACUGCCGGGGAGCAAGGCUGCCUUCCGCUUCCUAGACCCUGACGGGUUUUUGCUACUGGACCUACUGCAGUUGGCAGAAGAGCCCCCACCCAAGGCUGGGCAGGAACUGAGGGUUUGGCCUCGGGGGGCCCAGGAGCCCCGCACUGUGAAGCCAGCCCAGGUGGAGCCAUUGCUGCGACUCUACCUGCAACAGGGACAGCUGUAUGAGACACUUCCAUCUCUGGAUGAGUCUAGAAGCUUUGCCCAGCAGUCCCUGAGCCGCCUCCGCCCUGCGCAUAAGCAGCUGCAGAGCCCUGCAGUAUAUCCGGUCGCAUUGUCCGAGAAGCUCUGGGCAUUGGUGGACAGUCUGAGUGCUCGAGGUCCCCUGUGAAAAAAAUCACAAAUAACACGACUCUGUUUCCACCACUUGUCA